ACGUGUCUCCGUUCUUUCUCUGCGCGCCGUGCGGUGUUUGUUGUGCUGCUGCUGCUACCAUUGCUGUGGUGUGGUGUUGCCUCUGCUCUGGCCUUCCUCUUGCCGUGUUCCACCAUCCGGAUGGGCUGAUGUGGAUGCUGGGGCCGAAGUGGAAUCGUGGCGUGAGCUCGGUAUCGGUUUUCCGUUCUUCAAUAUCCUCCAGUGGGUAAUCUUUUGGUCUAAGGCUGAAAAAGAAGAAGAAGAAGAAGGAGGGCGACGAGUGUGUCAAAGUAUCUUAAUUGCUCGUGUUGUGGAGACGCAUUAUGGUUAGAGUGAUAAUAGAUUGAGAUGGGUUUCGUUGUUGGGGUGUUUUGUUGGGUUCUGUUGAAGCACACUUAAGGAUGCUGGGAGUCGCCCCAAGAGAGUGCGAAACAUCUUAGUGAAACGUCAAAACAGUGUUUGCAAAUUCUGUGGGCUGGCGGAGGAAUAUCGAAGAGGAAUAUAGCAAAAAAAAUCAAUCACUGGGCGUUGUAUUGCGUAAAUGGAUGCUGUAAAAACGAGGAAAAACACGUCCGGUGCAGAACGCUUCAGGGUUAUCAAAUAUGUCGAAAAAGUGAGCGAAAACAGUGAAGAAGCAACAUAAAUCUGACAGUGCUGUUAUAUUAAAAACAAAUUGUUUUCGUGAACCGAGCCGAUGCCUCGUUUCGGGAAAUGAUGGUGUGAGAGAAAUCACGAGAGCAGCAUUCAGCCAUCGUGCGGAUCGUAAAAAUUGUAUAUGUAAAAGGCAAAUCUGUGCUUAUCCAAGGGAACGGAAGUCGAAGAGAAAAACGAAUGAUUCACGCUUGAAAAAAUACGGUCCAUACAUUGUGGAUAGCAAUCAACUGGGCUCGCAUCAUCCCCAAAAACGAGAACAGGCCGAGAAGAGAAGAAGUGAACAGGGGGAAGUGGAAAAAAGGCAAAAACAAAAAUUCCGCACGCAGUCAGAAGGUAAAUUGAUAACCCUUUCGACCGGAGCCUCCAAAAACCCGGCCGGACGAAAUCCCAAAAUAAUACAAAACCGUAUCGAUGUUUGUGCGUUGAUGGCAUUUUUUGCCCUUGUUCUCCCAUUCGGUAUUGUUCGUGAAUAAAAAAAGCGGUGAUAACAAUAUCAUCGAGUCGUGAAAAAUCGUGACACACCAUGACGGCAGUCAGCAUUUUUGGCGGCUGUUGGCAGUGAUCGGUAUCGCCAUUCAACGGAAAGUGAAAUUUACGACGCAUUAACGAAGGAUUAAAGUACACUCACAAACACGUGAGUGGAGGAAAAAGUGAAACAAAAUCAAGCCAAACAAUCUAUCAAAGGAUUACAGAGCAUUACUUCCGCUUUUCGACGCGGAUGGACUCGCAACAUUUUGGUGAAGCUCUUCCAUAAGGCACUGGGAAAUCCCAUUCACAUUCCAUCCACUGGCUGGGUACAUCGGUGCGUGAUCCAGAAAAAUAUUAAACCUCAGAAUUUUGAUUCUGAGCAGGAAAGCUCUCCUUGAGUAAUCGUCUUGGAGUGGAUCCUACUUCGUCUAUUUCUGAUUCCCUAAACAAAGAUAUCAAGAGCAGACCUUUUUCAAUCGAUAAACGGUGACCCAGCAGCAGUGGUUGUCAUUUGUUGUUUUCGUCCAAGAAUAACGGCCUGCAGUGACGGAUGAACGUCGUUUUCGUCGUCCGACAAACAUCGAGAGCGUCGGACGAUUAUGAAAUGCUAUGACCCAGCACGACAUUUCCUGGACCGAGAGCUCUUGUAUUUGCUACGCCAGAACCACUGUCACCUCUCACCAAGUCUUCGCUGCUGCCGCCAGUGCAAUUGCAGCAAAUCAACGACCGCGUUUGCACCGUCAUCAUCAUCGUCUCUAACAGCAUCAUCAUCAGCAGCAUCCGCAGCAGGGAAUCCUCGUUAUCACGACGAUAAAAACAGGCCCCAACUGCUGCUGCUUGACAUUAGUACCGCCGUCAGGCAACAACAUCUUCUUUACUGCACAAACACAACAACAAAGUUCUGCAACUGGAUCUGGGAGUCGGGGAAACAUCCACUGAUCCGGUUGCGCUAAAAAACCGUUAGCUGAGCGAAAGCGGAAACCAGUCAGCGAGGAAACGUCAAGAAUUGUUCCGAGAGUCAAAGAUUAUGACUCGGUCAUGAUUUUCAUCGUGCUCUCGAGCACGACGUUGAUGAAGAUCUGUCCCGUAGCAACAACCCAGCAGCAUUCGCGCCUCACGGGUCCGAGACGAGACGUGCCGGAGAUUGAGCGACGCAGAUACUGAAGCAGAAGAAGAGACAUCAUCAACGCGCUAGGUCAAUUCACAACACGGUCUGUCGUCCGGCAACUGGCAGCAGCUGUGUCCCGUCACAGAGCUGAGUUGUACGUGUGCACAAAUGGAAAUGAAAGACAAAUAAGUUUUGCACCUUAAUAGGCAAAAUUAUACUGCACUAACGAGAUAGUAGAGAAAAGCGAGCUCGGGCGUUCGCGUUCUAUUUACUGUGGGUCGAAUUGCAGAACCUUCUCUGUGACCGCUUGCAAAAAAACUCAAAAUCAGACAAUAGUGUUUAGAUUUUCUGACCGGCAGCGAGUUUUUAUUUGCUAAAUUAGGAGAAAAAAUACACAUCCCGAUAGGGAAAAAAAGAAUUCCUCUGACAUAUGCCACGGAAUGUUUUGUAAGGAAAAACACAAAGCUGUGAUUUUUUUAAACCUAAAUUGAGUGAUUUCAUUGAAUUUGAAGCUAAAUUUGACGGAUCCAAAGAAAGUCACAAAAAGAAAACUUUAGAGUGGUCCCCGAAAAGUGCCGAUUUCCUUUUUGUUCGAACGAAAUAAAAACACAACAACAACAGAAUACAAAAAAAAAACACAAAACCGAAGAAACUUUUACAGAAACGAAGUAGAGCGCAUAAAACAUUCACCAGAAAUUUCAAUUUUGUGCUCCCCUCUUCGGGGAGAUGAAAGACAUCGAGCGCAGUCCGAGCGAGCAAAACGGGGGUAAAGUGGCCUGGUGAUUGAAUCGUUCGUCCGAGGUGCUUCGGGAAAAAAACAGAAACAAAUAUUGCCAAUUUAAACAUAAAAGCGAACACCCCAACUGCUCCCCCCGACUGAGGGUGGCCUGAUCCGGUUUCCGGCGUCUUCGUCCUCGUCAUUCUCCGCCUAAACCCAACAGCAGAUAUUGGAUCAGAGUGGCCGGAAAAUGAAAAGCUCAAUUAGUGGGCUGCGGUUAAUGGAUCUCAGGAAAUCAAGUUGAAAUCUAGCAGAUUUGUGGGUAGAGCUAGGCACCGGGGACGAGGGAAAGUAAGAAGUCCGGAGGUGUGGGAAUUUGUUUUCUAUUUUUCGGGGGUGUGCGGUGAAAAUGUGGCUUAACUUGCUAAUCCUGGGGGCGCUGAUCAAUUUGACGCUGCGCCAGGUCUACGGGUGCCCGGCCGAAGUUUGCGUCUGCAAAUGGAAGGGUGGGAAGCAAACGGUCGAAUGCGGGGGAAGGAUGCUCAAUCGGAUACCGGAGGGAAUGGAUCCGGGAACGCAGGUGCUCAAUUUUACCGGUAAUAGUCUAACAAUUUUGCAGAGCGAGCGCUUCAAGAAGAUGGAUUUGAUUAAUCUACAGAAAAUAUAUAUGGCUCGCAAUCAGCUAGUCAAGAUUCAGGACACGGCCUUCAAGGGCCUAACAAAUUUAGUGGAGCUAGAUCUGUCGGAAAAUAUGCUCCCACUGAUACCGACGGAAACUUUCGCCGACUAUCCGGCCCUAAUGCGAUUAACGCUCAGUGGUAAUCCCAUAAGAACGAUACGGACGAACGCCUUCAAAUACCUAUCGUUUCUAACGACGCUCGAGUUGAGCAACUGCCAGAUAGAACUAAUCGAAGAUGAAGCUUUCAUCGGAAUGGACAACCUGGAGUGGUUGCGGCUAGAUGGCAAUCGGAUAACCACCAUCCAGGGAAAUCACGUGCUACCGGAAUCUUUGCACGGUAUCAACCUGCAAGCAAAUCGAUGGCAGUGCGAUUGCCGACUGCUGGACAUCCAUACCUGGCUGAAUAGUUUUAACGUUCCUCAGCGAGAGGAACCAAAAUGCUCAGGCCCACUAAGGCUCGCUGGUCAAACUAUCAAAAGUGUCCCUCACGAAGAGCUAGCAUGUCUUCCCGUGGUUUCACCACAAGCGCUAUACCACGAAAUAGCCGAAGGACGCAACAUGACCCUAACCUGUACGGUAUCGGCCAUUCCGGAGGCAUCCGUUUCCUGGUGGUUUCAGAACCAGUUGCUCCAAAACGACAGUCUACUGGCGCCGAAUCUUCAUCUCUAUCAUUACGGCGAAGAGAGUAGUGAAGAAAAGCGAAGCGAACUCUUGAUUUACAACAUCGGUCCAGAUGACAACGGAACGUUUUCCUGUAUAGCCGAGAAUUCAGCAGGGCGUGUUCAAGCGAACUACACCUUGCACGUCAUCAUCAAAGAAGAACCUGUCGUUGAGCAGGUUACCUUUUCACAAGAGUACUUUCUUGUUAUAGUUGGUGCGAGUGCCGCAACCGGGUUUCUACUGUUUCUUAUUCUUUGUAUCAUAAUCUGUAAAUGUUGUAGUAGGAGUAGUGGUAAGCGUAGUUCUAGUAAAAAAGGUCGAAGCAAAUCGGGCUCCGAUACAACACCCGGCAGUCAGAAGUGUUCAUCCAUCACAAACGACAUCGGAGAACCGUUGACCUGUGCCAAGCUCAAUGGCUCCGUAGCCCUAGGGGACACCAAUCCACAGGACGUGGUCCUAUAUCUCAAUGCCGGGAGCAACCUCGACAAAGUGGUCAUGAACAACCUCACCCUCGGAGGACAAGCUCAGUUCUGUAGUCCACCGUCGGCACGAAGCUACCAGGACCAGAACCCGGACCUUAUCAACGACGCCGAAAGCGGGAACAAAAUUCGAUCCCGGCAGGAUCCCAUGGAUUCCGACCUCGGCGAAAAAGAUUCCGACGAACAGAGCAGCGUACAAGACGCCAGCAGCGAAGCCAGCUAUCAACAAAGCUAUCUUCAACAACCGAUGGGUAUCCGACCCGUCAACCCUCGUUUCUCAGCUUUAUCUACACUGCCACGAGGAAUCAACAAAGAUAUGUACCAGCAUCAGGUCGAUAUCCAUCUCAGUCCCGGCUGUUUCCUGGAUCAAAACGGCUACCCUAUCGACCUAAACCUCAUGAACCAAGGCAACAACGCAGCGGUCAACUACUAUCGAACGCUACCGCACAACCGUGGACAGAAGGGACAACAAAACAAGGUUCGCUACUCCAACGAUGCUGAAUUCAUCACCCGAACCUCUCAAACGUAUCAACUCUACGGAGGCCCUCACGACGUGCGAUACACAGCCGAAGGAUACCCGCAACAGCAACAGCUAGCCGGGGACAAUACAAGUCAAUUUCCCUCUCCACCGGAAGGCUACAAAGGAGAACUCACAGCAUCGUCCACUGUCCAGCAGGUUGCCUUCAUGAACCCUUCACAGCCCCAAGCUUUCUGUGUGGGACCCACACAAUCGGGUCAGUGGCCCGCAUUCCUGCCCGGCUACCAUCCACAGCUGAUACCGCUCACAAAUCAACAACCCUACCUUCCUCCACCCGCGAUUCUUCAACAAUCCGGGCCAUGUAACCAAGGACUCCCGGUUCUCAAGAAAUGCGUUAGCGCGCAAACGGGUGACCUGACGGAAAAAGACGUGAUACCGGAACAGCGGGAAGAGGAAGAAGAGGCGGAAAGUGAAAACGAUGGCAGCGGGAAGCUGAGGCAUCUGACCGGGCCACUCGCAGACAGUCCGGACGAGGGUUACGUCGGCGAGGGGCACGAAUCCUCUUCGGACAUCUGACACAAAGCAAAACCGCCGCCGAUACUGGCCAAGUCUGUCUCGCUGCAGCUGGAAUCGGAUGAUGUACCUUUAUAAGAAGAAGAAGCAGACGAGUGUGACCGAGAAGAACCGUGGAGCAGUGAGAUGUUAUUGGUGUGUGCAUGUGAAUGAAUGUUAUUUUAGACGAUACACAUAGGUAUAUUUUUCUAGACUAGAAGGUUGGGAAGGGCUCUAAAUUUCCUCUAAAGGAAUGAAAUCACUCAAAUGAAAUCUACAGCGGCAUUUUCUAGCUUUUUGACUCUAAGGAAUGAAUGCUGAUCUUGACUAUAAUUCUUAAUUUAUUGAGUCCUGAUUGUAAACUCCCAUUUUAAAUAUUAGUCUUUUAUAUUUUUAAAUUCGGGUUCCGAAACACAGUAAUGUAUUCCGUUUAGCAAUUCGAUUUGUAGUUCCCGUUUUAAAUUCCAAAAUUUCAAUUCCGAACCUUGAGUUAUGAGCUCUGAAUUCAGAAUUUUUAAUUUUAUGUGCUAAAUUUCGAUCUCUUUAUAAAUAUUUGAAUAUUUUAAUUCGAAAUUUUUAGCUCAAUAUUCUGAAUUCAAAAUUCUUUAUGAAUGGAACGAAUGAUAAGGUUAAUUUUUAAAAGGAUUUUCGACGACUGUUUUUGACUCCAAUGAUUCGUUCCGUAUUGGAUAUUCCUCAACGGUUAAAAUUCAUUACUUAUUUAGUGAAUUUCGACUUCAAAUUUUCUUACCGAUUAAAUGUCGUUUUCUUGUUAAGUUUGAUUGGCUUAUCUUGAACUGCUGUCAUUCGAUCUCUGUAUAGAAUUAUGCUGGUUAUAAUUUUGUGUUUUCUGACUUUUUGUUUGUCUGUUGAAUUUUUAGAUUUAUUUACGAUUAUAUGCAUCGGAACAUUGCACUGUGAUCUGUGAAGAAUACUAAAGAUUAGAACACAGCAUCACAAACAUUGAAUGACACCAACACAAAUAAUUGAAAGUCAAAUUUAAAAAUAUAAAAUUCAAAAGAAAAACGAAAAUUUUAUGAAAAUUCGUCAACAUUAAGUCUCACUUACCUUUAAAAUUCAUAAAACACAAAAUUAUAACAAGCAUUAUCCAACACAGAAACCCAACAAUAGCAUUUCAAGAUAAGUCAAAUCAAACUUAACAAGAAAACGACAAUCAAUCGAUAAGAACCAAUAAAUAUUUGAAGACGAUUUUCAUUAAAUAUGUAGUAAAUUUUAGUAUUGAGGAUCCAAUAAGGAUCGAAGAACUAAGAAUUCAGGGUUUAGCAUUCAGAAUAAAGAACUCGUAAUUCCUAAUUUUAGAUUCUGGAUUUUGAACUCUGAAUGUUAAAUUCUAAAUUCUUAAUUUUGAAUUUUUCUAUGGAUUUUAAACGACUAUCAGACUCGAAUUUUUAAGUAAAACCUACUUUUUUUUAACUCCAACGUUGGAGUAAAAAACAGUAGGUUUAACUUUAAAAUCCAAGUCGGAAAGUCGUUUAAAAUCCUUAGAAAAAAUCAAAAUUAAUAAUUUAAAAUUUAACAUUCAGAGUUAAAAAACCAAAAUUAAAAAUUUAAAAUAAGGAAUUCUUGAAUUCUUAGUUAUGAUUUCCAAAUCUUCAAUCUAAUAAUUAUCAUCAAAUAAAUUUCAGCUUUUUCAGAAAUGUUCAAUUAUCUGAAAAUCAUCCAAAUCGUUUUCGUUGAUCGAUUACAUCGUUGUGAUUUCAUGCCCUCGAGGUGAUGCAAAGAGUCAGUUCAAAUAAAAAUAAGUGAAAAAAGUUAAGUUAAGUCAACGUAGAAACAUCAAGCAGAAAACAAAAAAAAAGAGGUGGGAAUAAACAUCACGCAUAAAAAAAUCCAGGUAACAUGAAAAAGUAUUCAUGCCCGGAAGAGUUUUCUGAAAACUGUGAAAUUGAUAUGAUAGUUGCCACUUUUGAAUCAGGACAAAGAACUUAACACAAAUGUACUCACAGGGAUAGUUUGAAAUGCAAUCAGUUUUUCAACCGAUUUUUAACCUGUUAAUUUUGAUUAUUUUGAUUAAACCAUCAAGGUUCGAACAUUAGAAGGAAAAAUAUUAAAAGAAAAAAAUAGUUUUUAAAGCUUCAAAAUAAACAAGGUAUUGAAAUUUUUUGAAGCCCUGAAAAUGAGUUCACAUGUUCGAAUUCUCUGAAAAAAUACCAUUAUGAUCAGUUCAAAACGAGUGUUUUUUUUAAUAAAAGAAAGCAAAGAAAUCAGCCACAAAGAAAGCGCAAAAAAAAAUUUCAACGAAACUGAAAUCGUUUUGCUGUUGUUGUACAUAAGUCCCGAGCACGCAUAAUAAAAACCGAAAAAAAUAAGAAUGAUCAAUAUAGCCCAGCUGUAGCAAGAAAGAAAAAGCUCAUUCGGAAACACAGAUUAAGAAAUUUUACACGGAGAAAACAAAAUAGGUUUAAAAAAAAUAAGCAGAAAAAAACGAGGUGAAAUGUAGCGUGCGACGAUUGUGACAAAACCAAAAUCAGCUGUAAAUAAAAUUUUGUAGAUAAAUUAUUGAGGUAAUAAAACUAGAUUAAAUUAAAAAUCUAUGAAAGUGAA